GCUCUGUCAAACGUCAUUUCCGGAGCACGUCCCUCAACGAAACUUGUCUUAGAGGGCUUCACUUAGUGUGGGCGGCUAGAGAGCACUGCGUUUUGUGUGUUGCCUGCCAGGCUCCUGGCCCGUCACCAUGGGAGUGACUUGUGUGUCUCAGAUGCCUGUGGCUGAGGGCAAGAGUGUUCAGCAGACCGUGGAGCUUCUCACCCGGAAAUUGGAGAUGCUUGGGGCUGAGAAGCAAGGAACAUUUUGUGUGGACUGUGAGACAUACCACACGGCUGCCUCUACGCUUGGCAGCCAAGGUCAGACUGGGAAGCUGAUGUACGUGAUGCACAACUCAGAGUACCCCCUGAGCUGCUUCGCCCUCUUUGAGAAUGGCCCUUGCCUUAUUGCUGACACCAACUUUGAUGUGCUCAUGGUGAAGCUCAAGGGCUUUUUCCAGAGUGCCAAAGCCAGCAAGAUUGAGACCCGGGGCACCCGCUACCAGUACUGUGACUUCCUAGUGAAGGUGGGCACAGUCACAAUGGGGCCCAGUGCCCGAGGCAUCUCUGUGGAGGUGGAGUAUGGUCCCUGUGUGAUAGCUGGCGACUGCUGGAGCCUGCUGCUCGAAUUCCUCCAGAGUUUUCUAGGCAGCCACACACCAGGGGCUCCUGCAGUAUUUGGGAACAGACAUGAUGCGGUCUACGGCCCAGCAGAUACCAUGGUCCAAUACAUGGAACUCUUCAACAAGAUCCGCAAGCAGCAGCAGGUGCCGGUGGCUGGGAUUCGUUAGUGGCUGGCAGCUGCCUGGUUGAGCUCUGUCACCAGGGGUCUCCACAGGAGGAGCAGGUGCUGGACCCUCAGGCCCCUGGAACUGAGGAAACCUGGGGCAGACAAGGAGACUUCUCUCUCCCCCCAGUUCCCAGCUGUGGCUUUUAUUCUGGGGUUUUGGACUCCUCUCCCCUGACCCUCACACAGAGCCCCCCAACAGCUGUUUCACCGCACGCCUUACUGGACUUGGCCUGUCCUCAAGAAUGGUAAUUAUGAAGAGUGGAGAAGUUUGGUGCUUUCCUGCUUUGGGGGAAAAGGUAGGACAGGGGUGUCCCUGCCUAGUUUUGGUGGGAAAAGCGGUCUGUAUCAACUAUUGAGGAUUUGGCCUAGGUCCUCAGUGCACAGGUUGAGCCAGGCUAUAAUAAAGGCCUCUUCCUCUACUCAAAGGAUGUGGUUGGGCCUCUACUGGGGAAGGGUUAGGAGGCACAACUUCUGUGAUGGCUAUCAUUGUCUGAUCUAUUCGCUGAAGUGAAUUGUGAGUUGACUUUUCUGAGUGUUAUCUGAGUCCUUUAAAGUCUCUCUGACAUCUUUCCAUGCUGCUGUGAAUUCCAUUAAGCCACAGGCUAAGCUGCUGUAACCAAGAGAACUAAUGAACAGUGGCUCUUAGUAGAAGUUUAUUUUUCUCACUUCUAAUAGUCCAGAGGUAAUCAGAAGGUCCAGAGCAGAUUUAACUCUACAAGGUCAUCAGGAAGUCAGUUUCCUUCUAUCUUGUUGUUCAGCCAUCCCUAGGGUGUUGUUCUUGCCCACAAGGUCAAAGCAGACUCAUCCACCGUGUGUCCACAUUCUACUGGGGAAAGAGAGAACACAGCCGUUUCUUUUUUAUGACCUGGAGCUACUCAAAUCACUAUUGUUGCAUUUUGCUGAAGGAUUGCCAGGACACAGAGCCUCUUACUUGGGUGGUAACGUGCCCAGUUAAAAACUCAUGGGGUUCUGUGACUAAAAGAUGAAGGAAAAAUGGGUGCAGGGCUCAGUUGCCUGUGCUACACGGAGCUCAAUGGAUGUGCCCCAGGGUGCGCUUGCUGUUGUUUUGUGGAAAGCACCCCCUGUAACUAAGCUAUUUGUUUAUGAAUUGGGUUGGGACAGGGCUGAUGCCAGAGCCGUUUUCAGGUUAGCUGGAUUAGUCACACUAGGAAGUCAGUUCCCCAGCCCUUUUCUUGUCUCAGCAGCAGGCCUGUCCAGUUCUCCGGUGCCAGCGCUAAGCCUUAGAACAGUUGAUGGAUGCUGGUGCUGUGCUCCAUAGUUUCCCGAGCUCUUUCUCAUUUGAGCCUCCAAGUUGCUCCUUUGACCUACAUUGCUGGCCUGUCCCACUCUGGCUGCAGGACUGUUGAAUCAGGCUAACAUUGAGAUCAUCUCUGUGGAUACAUACCAUUCUCAAGGACACUGUCCCUCACUGCAGGCACCUAAGGAGAUCUGGGUGCUCAGAUCUAAGGCCUCUGCAACAGGGAUCAGGUAGUGGUUGUGUUACCCUGUUUGCUUUGGCUGGCAGGAAGUGCACUUCAACGUUAAAGGGCAGGAUCUGUCAUCUGCAUUUUUUUGUUCUCACUUACCCCUGAUUUUUUGUUUCUUUGUUUUUGCUUUUUAAAAUUGAGGUAUGUUUUAGAUAUCAUUUACACACAAUAAAAUGUGCAGAUCUUAUGUUUUAGCCUUCUGAUUUGUAUUACUCUUGUCCAGAUUCAUGUGUGUAUUUUUCUAUAGGCUGCCUCAAAUCUUUUAUGAGAUAAGACAGCCUUCAGAAUAUAAUGUAUUCCUGAACAUAUAGAAAUUGAGUGUGGUAAAUAUGAGUCUAGAUUUAUGCAUUAUAAGGAGGGAUUCUGUUCUUAAAAACUAAAAAAUAGUAUAAACUCCCUAACCGUAUUUUGCCUUUUAGACAGAAUUUUGGCUCAUACAUUUCCAGAGUUCUUCUCUUUUGUUCUUUUCCCUUAUUUUGAGCACAUGUUUGACCAACCUUAAGCCCAGUGAACACUAGAUCAAGCUUUAACAACUGCCGUUUUAGGUACUUUUAUCCAUCUUUGUCCUCUGUAUCAAUUUAAAAGAAAGUUUAUCACCAAGAAAGGCAGGUAACGUGGUAUGUUUCUUUGUUUAACAAAUAGAGCUCCACUAGCCAAGUUGCCAAACCCAAACCGGUAACUAGUGGGAAGGGUCCACGUGACACCAGUUUUGUGUGCAGAUCUGAAUGGGCUUUCAAGAAUAGUCUUGGACUGUCAGUGUAUAAUUUUUGAAAGUUUAUGUUGAGUGAAAGUUGAGCAUUUGUAUAAAUUUAAGGAAAAAAGGGCAUGGUUAUCCUUAUUUUACAAAUGAAAAAAAUUAAACUCAGCUAGUAAAUGGAGAUGCCAUAUUUUUGGGUUCAGAUCUAAUGUUCUUCCUUCUACAUGAGACUGUCUUCCUACCCUUCCUUUCUUUGCUUCCAGAUGCUUUAAUCCUCUCCCCAUCUAUAGCUACCCCCAAAAGACUAGAACCUGGAAACUUUCUAGGAUGCUGCUAACAUGGCACCUUAGUGGGUGCCUUUGCCAGGGCCACAUAGAAGUCUGCCAGCCGUGACUGUCAGAGUUGGGCAGGGAAGCUAUAGGGCCAAUCCCUGUAAGUUGGGGUGGUGUUAGUUUCCAGAGAGGUCAUGCCAAGAGAUGAGGCUGGAGUCAGGACCAGAAAUCAGACUGAGAGGACUCCUAGCUACCAGCAUCUGUUAAAGUGCGGCACCUGGGCUUCAGUUUAGUGCCAGGUGAUUUUAGGUGGAAUGUGGAAAACACUGUUAUAUUAGUACUUAUGUCUUAUUCCAAUGUAUUUUAGAGAAAGGUAUAACUUUUUAUCCGUUAGGGUGAGAGUAAUUUUUUCACAAGAGUCCACUUAAAGGGAACUGUUAAGUUGUAGUACAGUGAUAUCUGCAAAGGGCAAAAUCUGUAGAGGCGGAAGGCACAUGCUGGGAUUUGGGGACACACUGUUCUACUUUGUGGCUAGUCCAUUUCCUGUAUCUUCUGGUGGUUUCUACUCUGGCUGUGCUUUCCUCUUGUCUCUCCUGUGCUGUUUGAUUCUUGGUACACCUGUCCCUAGGCUGCCUCCUGCCGGCUUUCCUCAGAUUGUGAGUACCAAGUAGUCACAUUCCACCAUCCUCCCACCCCACAUCUAUUGGUGCCACUGCUCCUGUGAAGGAAUACCUAGAGACUGGCCAGUCCUCCCACCCCCAGGCUGCCCCCACCUCGUGUGUCCAGUAUUCAUUCCUGAGGCUUCGGGAUGAGGAGGGAAAUACUUCGCUUCAAAUCCUGGAGGGUAAGGGGAGCAGUUAGAAAGUCCCACCUAAGCAUGUUCUUCAGGUGUCAAAGUUGAGACUCUUAAAAUAUAGGAAGGGCUAUGGGCUGAACAUUUUGAGGAUAGACAGUCACAGUAGAUCUCAAGCCAGGCAGCACUGAGGCCCCGCCGCCUGCAAGCCCAUACCUGUAAUGCUAACAUGGCCUUUCUCUUGCCACAGUCUCCCUCUCUGUGUCUGCUGCAGUCUGGGCUCCUUGGGCGCAAGCCCCAAUCAUAAGUGCCAGUGGAGUGGCUGAAACCAGUUGUAUUACAAGUUUGGCCCUCUCCUGGGGGUCUUUGGACUUUGAGUAGUGACUUUCUUGAGAGUGGGCUCUCCCACAGCAUGAGUUUCUGCCAUGGUGUAGAACAGUGCCAAAUCAGUCACUUGGAUUAGAAGGGACCCUUUAGGUCACUUAGUUUGACCAUCAACCAUCACUCAGUGCUCAGAUCUGUACACCAUCCCUCCCAGAGGUCUUGCAGCCUUGACUUGAUUUCCUCUUAGGGAUGUCCCUUCUCUGUGUAUUCCAUCUUUUUGCCUAGGAACUGAAGCAAAAAUCAGAGCAAAAGAAAAACAUUCCUGUUCUUUCCCUACCAAAUUGUGUAUUGUGAUUAAUGAGGGAAUUUAUCAUUAAUUGGUGCUGGAGUUUGAGCAGACUAGGACUCUAAAGUAGGGAUUCUCAACGUUACUGCAGAUUGUCAACCCCCGAGGGAAGCCUCAAGAAGCCUACGAUGCCUUGAAACUGGACAUGGUUUUGUGUAUAUGUGAAGCUUUGUGGGAAUAGGAUUUAUAGGGUUCAUUAGGGUACUUCAAAGAUCCAUAAUCCAUAAAAGAAUCUCUAAAGGGAGACCAGACCUGAAUGCAAACAGCAGGGUGACAAAGAUGAGGCAGGCACACUGUGAGCAAGGCCUUCCCCUGUGUUUUGGACCCCUCAUCUGGAAGAUUUUCCUCUUUAGUUUUGUAGUCAGUCCUUCAGGCCUUUCAGUCAGUUUUUGGGAAGUUGGACUAUUUUCCUGCUCUUAUCUUUUCUACAGAUUCCCCCUUCUUGUCUUUAUAUACACAUACAUACAUACAGCCUUUUAGAAACAAAUAGGAGUAAGUAUGUAUGAAGCAAUUUUUAUAGCUUUCUUUGUGGCCCUAGGAGUUCUACUCCCAUUAUGACACACACUCUGUGGGAUCUGAAAAUUAUUCUGUUGUGAUCUGAUUUGGCAUAAUCAUAUUUUCAUUUUUUAGAAUAAAUGUGAUUGAUGAGGCAGAGAAAUAGUUCCUUGCUUCUGUGAUGAAAUCAGCAAGUUAAAAAAAAUCCUUGCAUCUAUUAGGGCAAAGAUCCCUAAUUCUCUAGCAUUCUCUGUCUUACUUUUCAACACAUACUUGCCUCAUCAGAUGGCAUAGACCUGUUUUUAAGGUUAAUCUAAAUUUACUGAAUUUUCUUUGGAGGCUUAAGAAAAGAGAAUUUAGGGAGCACAUUUAGAUAUCCUAGAUUGUCCCAAGGGCAGAAUUCACUAUUGGAAAUCUUCUGUCAUGUAGGAAAGUCAAGGCUAGGGAGUAGAAGCGACAGGUAUUCCAAGGCAGCCUACUAAAAAUAAGAGAAUACUGCUUUAGGAGAGAUGGCUGGGUACUAGUCAUUGUUCCAAACUUGUUAAGUAACUCUGGGUUUCCUCUGUUAAGUGGGAAUAAUCAUGUCUAUUUUCCAUAUUUCCUAGGCUAUUGACAGACUCAAGGGAGGCUAAAUGUGAAGAGUGCUUUGUAGGCAAGGAGAUGCCUUCUCUGCUCUUGCAUCAUUUAUUUUUAAGGUAUUAUUGAUAUACACUCUUAUGAAGGUUUCACAUGAAAAACGAUGUGGUUACUACAUUCACCCAUAUUAUCGAGCCCACCCCCCAUACCCUACUGCAGUCACUGUCCCUCAGUGUAGUAAGAU